UCAAAGAAGAAGUUAAAAAGUAAUUAUAAAGAAUGGAGAGUAAGAAAAUUUUCAUGGCAUUUUUCAUAAUGACCAUUUUAGUAUCAUAUGCGUACCCAAGUUCUGGUCAAGAAGAUGUUGACGUUGAACCACUGGUCAAUCAAGGUCGCGAGUUUGAUACAUUGGAUGUGAUAUCACCGGCUUCGCAAGAUUACAAUAUUUAUAUGCUAGAGAUCAUCCCACCAAAAUACAAAAUGUAUGUCGAAACCUGCAUGGACAAGAUGGAACCCAUCGGGAAAUGUGGUCUUUAUGUUAUUAAAGAGAUUCUUACAAAUGAACCUGUUUCAAGAGAGUGUUGUCUGAAGGUAGUAAGAGCUGGAAAACAAUGCUUCAUCGAGACUAAUAAAUUGAUGUUUCAAUUUUAUCAACUCAAACGCUUUGCUUCUCAAGUUUCGUUUAAAAUUAAUGAGGUUUGGAACAGAUGUUCUGCAGAAGUUGAAAGUCCUUCAUCAUCUGAUGAUUUCACGAUUUAGUUAUCUUGAUUGAAUAUUUUGUUUUAUUAUAUGAUGUAAUAUGAAAAAAAUGGUUUGUUAUAAUAUUCUAACUAUAUAAAUAAAAUCAACUUUUCAUUACUUAUUCAUUUUCCUAACUCUAAUAUUGUAUAUAAAAAAAUCUAAUGUGAUAUCUUGGGUUGUUCUAACUAGUGUUUGUCAAGCAUAGUUUUUAGUCUAUUUAACAUAAAAUUUAAUUGCACAUGAAUCUUGUUAAACAAAAUCGUAUAUUUUUUUCUUUGUAAAUCGAACAACUUAUGUUGUUUGAAAAUCAAGUAAAUUUAUAAAAACAAAUAAAUAGUGAGAGAACGCUAUAAGGAAAAAAUACAAUAUGGAACUUUCAUUUUUUGGUGAAACAAAAAUGUUAAUCUCAUUUUUAAGAUCCUACAUCAACAAGGGCCAGCGGUCCUGAUCAGUACAUAACAUGUUACCUGUGCAAAAACAUACAUCAACUAAUACAAAAUUUAAUUUUCAAACUUGAACGUUCAAAAUUUGGUUUUAUCAUACACAGACCUAAUUUUCAUUAGUCAAACGUUGAGUUGUCGUUAGUCAAUAACAGAAAAUGUCUAAUUCAUACAUCAACAGGGACCAAUGGUUCGGAUCAAUACAUAAACAUUUCACUUUUAUAAAAACACACAUCAACUAAUACAAAAUUUAAAUUCAAUACAUGAACUUUCGAAAUAUGGUUUGAACAUACACUAAAGCUUGACAUGCGCGUCCAUGUGGAUAUUUGUUGUUACUUUUUUAUAAAAUUGUUAAUGACAUUUUUAAAUAUAUAAUUUUUUGUUCAUUGUUUUGUUCCUACACAUUAAAACCGAACCCACCCGGAUCUGGAAAGAUCAUAUUCAAAUCACACCCGAAAAUUUAUAAUAUCCGAACAAAGCAUAAUGUCAAAACCCAAAAAAAUCGAUAUCCAAAAGAACCAAUCCAUACCCAACUGUAUACCUGAUAUCCAUAUAUAACUGAUUAUGUUAAGAAAUAAAAAGUUUUUUUUGUUAACUGGUUUGAAUUCUUGUCGCGGAUGGAGAAAAUUCAUUCAAACAUAUCGAAUUAUUUUGGUUAACACGUAAAAUAAAAGUUGUCAAAUAAUUAUGAUAAAUAUAAUUAAUGAAGUAUUUAAGAAGUAUGAAAAAAGAAUAUAAAAAAUAUAAUAACACACUUAAAUAUGGGUAAGUUAUGUUUUAUAUUUCUAUAAGACAUGCUGUCAAAUUAUUUGGAAAAAAUGCAAUUAAUAAAGUAUUUAAGUUGAGUGAAAAUAAGGAAAGAAAUGAUUUAAUAAAUCUGUUAAAAAUAAUGUUAGUUUUAUUUUGUACUUAAAUUUAAUAAAAUAGAUUUACCUAAUUUCACUAGUCAAAUAAUACCGAAAAUAAAUUGUUUGUCACGUGUUGAUUAAGUGAAGUUUUUAUUGUAUUAUGUAAUAAUUAAACCGUAGUAGGUAGGAAUUGACAGAGAGAAACGAGAAUGUUUAGCUUAUCGAAUACAUUCUCUUUUCUCUUUGUUCAAUUUUGUCUUCUUUUGUUUUCUCGGUGUUAGUGUUUUUUCUUGUCGAAAAAGUUGAAG